AUGGGCUUGGCCGUCUGCGGCCACGUGGAUCUGAUCGGCUGGGCUAAGGAACAUGACUUUGCGCUCGUCAGAAAGACCGUGGACGCCGCGGCACGGUGUGGCCAAAUUGAAGUGCUGCGCCUCUUGUUGGACUACGGAUGCGGGGCCUCGAUCAACACCUGCACCACAGCGGCCCGCUGGGGCCAUCUCGACGCGCUCAUCUAUCUGCGAUCGCGCGGUUGCGACUGGGAUACUGACACGUGUGCGGAGGCGGCGCGCGGCGGUCACCUCGGCGUGCUCCAGUGGGCGCGCCAGAAUGGUUGCCCGUGGGACGGCACCACGGCGGUUAACGCAGCCGCAUCCGGCAACGUCGAACUUCUUGCGUGGGUGCACGACAAUGGCUGCAAGAUCGACUGGGGCGCAUGCGAUGCCGCCGCUGCUCAUGGCCGCAUCUCCGCCUUGCGAGAGCUACGUACCCGUGGCUUCCGCUGGAGCGUUGAAACGUGCCGGAGCGCCGCGCAUAGCGGCAAGUUUGCCACGCUGCGCUGGCUGCGCGCCAACAACUGCCCCUGGGACUCCGGGACGUGCCGCGCGGCCGUGCUCGCAGGGCGCUUUGACAUGCUGCAGUGGUGCCAUGCCGAAGGCUGCCCGCUGGGUGAUGGCGUGUGUGAGCUUGCCGCCUCUCACAACCGACUCGACAUGCUCGCGUGGGCCUAUGCUCGCGGCUGUCAGCUCACGGGCAAGGCCUACUACUGCUCCGAGUUGAUGGAGCACAAGCCCAUAACAGAGUGGCUCAGGGCGCGCGGCUGCCUCACCGACUAUGACCAGCGAGGUGAGUACCUCUAA